GCGCCGUCAAGAACGUCGGUCUACUACGAGGAGGAGAAUUGUUCUCGGGGAUCGGAGAGAGAGAGAGAGAGAGAGAGAGAGAGAGAGAGAGAGAGAGAUAUCCGUCUUCCUUUACAUUUAUAAAGAAAAAUAUUGCCAACUCCGCAGAUUAACGUUUGGAAUGGAGAAAUAUAAUACGUAAGGAUAUGUGAAGAAAAAAAAAGAAAGAAGCGAGGCCACGAUUGACGAAGCGGUUUGCUAUCUCACGAGAUAUCGACUCGGAGAUUGUGGUGACCCGCCUGACUUUUGCAACUUUGUCAGUAAAAUUGAUAUUGUGCAAAUUGCGCGCCAAUCCUGUUGGAAUUUAGAAAGAAAUACAGAAAUCGCCAGUUUGAAUCGACUUAAUUUGAAAGUGUUAUAAAUAUCGCUAUACCAGAACAACUGAAAUAUAAUUUGAAACAUUCGUCAUAAAUAUGUGUAUAUUUACAAAAUCAUGAAGAUCAAUGACACUUGAAGAUAUUUGAAUUCAACUUACUAAUUGAAUUCAGUGUCGAACUUGGUGUUAAACUUAAGCGACGAAAUAAUGUUGAUAAUAUCAACGUGUAAAUUGUUUUCGAUGUUUAAACUCGAUAACUAAACUCGAGUAAAUCAUCAGCGGAUUAACCUAAGUGGUUAAAUCAAAGACUAAAGAAGAAUUCGGAUUAAAAAAGAAUCAGUUCUAUCUGGAUUGCUGUGGAAAAAUGCGUCUCUUAAUGGAAAUCUUUCUGGUUCUUCUCGUAGGGGGUAUCACGGCUCAAUGGCCGAUCAAUCCCUUGAUGAAAGUAUGGUACACAUUGCUACCCCAUUCGUCGUCCGAAUCGUCGAUCAACAAAGAGGACGAUUGCACCGGUUGCACGCAAAAUAAAUUCAAUGUGAUCGAUUCUGACCCGCUGUUGACCGAGCUGAGAGUGGAGUACGUUAAGCAGCAGAUUCUGAAGAAGCUGCGACUGUCAAAACCUCCCGAAGUCUCGAUGCCACUGUCGACCUUGCCUAAACCUUUAAUCAACGGUAACGUGCUUCGACCCGAUUUAGAAAGACCAGCAGAGAACUUCUAUGGGAAAACCAACCAGGUCGUCGUGUUUCCAAACGAAGGUAUAGCCGAUUCGACGAAAUACCAUCAGAGCUCGAAUCACAUAACAGGAUUCAAUCCAGCGGUCUGUUUCACGUUUUACUUGCCGAACGAGAUGCUGUACGUCGACGUGACCUCGGCAGAGCUUUGGUUCUACAAGGAACAAGUCGAAAAUGUCGAUGAGCUCAAGCAGACAUUCGUGCUAUCUGAACUCGAUCACUGGGACCAGGGCGGCAGAUUCGAAAAGAACACCUUUAUGGCAAUCUUUGAAACCGAUAUCAAAGAGGGUUGGGUAAAGACAGACAUAAAGUUUAUGGUGAAGAAAUGGAUAGGUCGACAUCGAUUGAACCACUCCAUCCAGAUAGCCUGCACAACCUGUUCGACCGACCAUGAUAAAGCGCCUGUGUCCAUCGAACAGACUCUAAAGCCAUUUCUAGUAAUCCACACAGAGCCAUUGCCGCAGCGGAACAGGCCCAAGAGGCAUUCGAAUUGCCUACCCGAGAUGACGGAGUGCUGUCGGGACGAGCUCUUCAUUGAUUUCAAAGAUAUAGGCUGGAGCGACUGGAUCUUACACCCUACCGGAUAUCACGCGUAUUUCUGCCGAGGAUCCUGCUCCACGGCGUCAUCUUUAACCAUCAGCGGUUCCCAAUACAACAACAUUAUCAUGAAAUUAUUGACUAAGGACGGGGGACAACAAAAGAACAAGAUAGUGCCAUGCUGCUCGCCGACGCAGCUUGCCCCGCUCCAGCUACUCUACAUUGACACGAACAACACGAUCACACAGAAAACAUUACCGAACAUGGUAGUGGAAGCUUGCGGUUGCAUGUGAUACCGCUGUCCCGAAGGAAGAGGGUGAGUAGAACCACUACCGUUGGUGACGCCGAGAAGACGAGAACCAACAUCUCAUGCCAUCUUGUCCGAGACUUUUGCUCAUGCUUAAUCGUCGUGAAAUUGAACUUGGUUGGAUGCUCGCAAAAUCCGUUCAUCUUGAAUAUGAACAUGAAGAAAUCGAUGAAAACGAAGCAACGAUCGUUGCUUCGAGAUAAUAGGUGAUUAAAGAUAGGGGCACGCUAUUGUCACGUCACGCGAGUUCACUUUCUAUCGCGUUGCAUUAAUAAAUAAUUAAUCCUUUAAUGUGUGUGUGUGUGUGUAGUGAUUUUUAGAACGUAUCUAGGAAAAUGAGAUCGGAUUCAAUCCGAUGCUCUGUUUUGAUCAAUUUUUAUCUAAUCAGUGUAAA